ACUACCUGACUAAAUGAGUCUUAUUUCUUCAUCCUGCAAAAAAAUAUUAAAUUAUUUUUGUGAGUAGAUACAUAUUGCUAGAAAUCUAAAUUCAAUCAAGUUUUCAAAUAAUACUCAUCAUUAUUCGCACUUCACAUGCGUACAUUUAUGUAAAUAUGCACUGUUUGCAUAAUAAUUAAAUAUUAGUACAAAUUUUAAAUUUUAAUUUAAUCUCCUACAUUAUUUAUAGAUUCGUAUCUAAAAUAUCAGCCACAUCUAAAAGUACAACAUGGUUGUGCCGUCCACCAAUCCCAAAAAGUACUCGUGCCAAAAUUGCACUACCAAAUUCGUGUCUGCGAAGUCACUAAAGAGCCACGUGGCAACUGUCCACUCCGACGAUAAGCCGUUCGCCUGUGACACAUGCAGCUAUCGAAGUAAGGCGAAGGGAACUUUGAAAAUGCAUAAACACCUGGUGCACACAAACGUGCGUGACUUUGUGUGUGAUAAGUGUGGUGAAGAUAAGCGUUUUAAAACCAGCCAAGCGUUAAAGCUACACAUCAAACACCGACAUACAAAAAGGGAACGAAAUUUAAGAUGUGACCAGUGCGAUGCGUCAUUUCAAGAAGGUUCUCGCCUUAAAGCUCACACUAUCCGAGUUCACUCCAAAAUAGUCUCCACCCACCCAUGUGAACUAUGCGGGAAAGCUUUUAAAUCCAUCCGCUACAAGAAUGAUCAUCUACUUAAUCACCUCGGCGAAUUGAAAAAAUUCCCUUGCAGCCAUCCAGGCUGCCAACAUAAAGCAAGCACUCUACAGAAUUUCCGUCGCCAUGCACAAUCUCACCUUGCCCCCUCCGACUGCGACAAGUUUCCUUGUCCCCAUUGCGACAAAGUGUUCCUUGUCCAGGUCAGCUUAAAAUCUCAUUUGGAAAUGCACAAGAACGGGUCCCGAUUUAAAUGUGACGUUCCCGCCAGUGGGGUCACCCUCUCGACGCGGGCUUUAUUAAAAUUGCAUGCCCGCACCCAUACCAAUGAAUGGCCCCACGCAUGCCCCCACUGUUCCAGCACUUUCUUGCAAGCGAGCAAUAUGAGACGACACAUUCGUACUCAGCACAUGGAUGACUCAGUAUCCCGCGUCUUCGAGUGCCCCUUGUGUCCUGCCAAGUUUAAAACUGUGGGAGACCGAAACCGUCAUGAAAAGACGAACCUGGAUGAAUCCAAAUGGAAAAACCUCGCGUGUUCCCAUUGUCCAGAAACGUUCAUGCAUUCUGUCACGUUAAAAAGCCAUGUGCAACGAUUUCACACUUUGCUGCAGGAUCGAGACCGUUUUACAUGCACAUUUUCAAGUUGUAGCGCCACCUUUGGAACCGAACAGGGGAUGCGAGUCCAUUUCAGGGUGAGGCAUACGACACGCGAGAGGAAAUUUAAGUGUUACUUCUGCCCAAAAGACUUUGUUUCUUGGCAAUAUUUGGCUCGUCAUGUGCGAGUGCAUACGAACGAGAAGCCAUACAGUUGUUCGCAAUACACCGAGACGUUCAAAAGUACUGGAUUAAGGUAUCAGCAUUUGAUGAAUCAUCACAUCACGCGGAAAAGUUUGCAGUGUCCUCACUGUGAGGACACAUAUCUGACAAAGACAACCUUGGAGACGCACAUUACUCAAACUCACGAUCCUGAUUCAUUCCGGUGUGGCUUAUGCAAGCUUCGUCUAUCGUCACAGAAAAUGUUGCAAAAUCACAUCCGGGCCGAACACACGAAUGAGAAACCGUACCCUUGUAAAAUUUGCGGAGUGGAAACUGCAUCCUACAAAUUGCUAAGGACCCACGUGGUACAUCAUCACAAAGAAACACUGCCCCACUUUAAGUGCGGAAAAUGUGAGCAAACCUCAAUUUCUCGGGCUCACAUCAAAAACCAUGAGGAAACGCAUAACCCUGAUCGGACUAGAUAUUCCUGUUCCACGUGUGGAGCAACAUACGCAAAAAUAUAUUCCUUAAGGGAUCACGUGAACGCCGUUCAUGCAAAUGUUUAUAAGUAUGCGUGCUAUUUUUGCUAUCGAUUUAGUGACGGCCUUCAGACCCACGUGAGAAAAAUGCAUACCAAGGAAAUUCCGUAUCGGUGUAAGUUAUGCAAUUUCAAGUCUGUUAAUCACACCUCGUUAAUCGGACAUGUGCGAUUUGUUCACUGUGAAGCAACCAGUUGCUACUUUUGUGGAAAAAUGUGCUGUGAUAUGCAAACUCAUUUGACCAUUCACACGAAAGAGUUGCAUUUUGGGUGCAAACUUUGUCAUAACUCGUUCAGGUUAAGAGGAGAUUUGUGUGUUCAUAAGAGAAAGUGUCACUUGUAGUGUGACCUAAGUAAUUUUUAAUUCUAGCAAUGAAUAUUUACGAAAUCGAUUUAAGAUCACUUUAAUUUAAAUUUUUGUUAUAUGCUUUAGUAGUGUGUUUAAGGGUAGGAUGACGAACUUAGCAACAAACUUUUACCCCAACUUCCCACCUGA